AGAAGAAGACGAAGAAGAAGAAGAAGAAGACGUAUUUCCGGUCUCAUGUCAGUCUUCUGCUGAGACCGCGUGGCUAGUGCUAGUGACACUUGCCGCAUUUAAAUGUGUUUUUAUCCCGUCUGGAGGUUUUAGUGAAACAAGAGAUGGCAGAAGUUGUGCAAGAGAAAAGUCGUGGCUUGAAGUUUGCAGAGCAGCAGCUCCUGCGUCAUGGCUGGGAACACGGUAAAGGACUGGGGCGAGCUGAGAACGGCAUAUCAGAAGCUAUCAAGGUCAAAGUGAAAUGUGACAAAGGAGGGGUCGGUCACAAGGAAGGGGAGCAGUUCACCUUCCACUGGUGGGAUCAUGUCUUCAAUAAGGCCUCUUCCAGUCUGCAGGUGGAAUCUGAUCAGAACGGCAUUCAGUUGAAGAAGACCGUGGAGGAAGAUGAAGAGAAUGGAAUGAUUUCCAAUAAAAAGCCACGGAAAGCCACACUGGCUAAAGCCAAACUUUAUGGAUGCUUUGUCAAGUCUGCCACACUGCUGUCUGGUCAGGAGCAGCCAGAGCCAAAGUCUUCUAGGUCAGACGACAGCAGUAGUUCAGAGGAGGAGGAGGACGACCAGAAAUUGGAUCUCUCCAGCACCAUUAUGCUUUCUGAUGCUGAUAUAAUGAAGGCUUGUGGAGGACGCACAGCUCACAAAGGAGCCAGGCACGGCUUGACCAUGAGCGCCAAGUUAGCCAGGCUAGAGCAGCAGGAGGCUGAGUUCAUGGCUAAGUAUGGGAAAAAGAGCAAACCAGCAACACCGACUCCACAGACCUCCCAGUCAGCUGAUCAGAAAGCUGAGAGACAGGAGGAGACAGCUGAGGACUCCAAGAAGAGAUCCACUGGGAGCAUUAUGGCGCUAAAUGGCGAUGAAGUAUCUAAAAGUCCUGAAAUGGAUGUUAAACCCAAAAAGAAAAAAAAGAAAAAGAAAGCCAGUGUGGACAGUGAGGAAAUAACUGAUGCAGUUUCCCCUGAGGGGGAUGUGAGCUGUGUGGAAAACGGUGAAGCAGACCGUUCUCACAAAACUAAGAGGAAACAUAAAAAGAAGAAAAACAAUGCAGAGCAACAUGAAGAAGAAAAGACGCCUUCACCUGCAGCAGAGAGCAACAGUCUGGCUGCUGAGCUGCACUCUGACACAAAAGUGAAGAAAAAGAAGAUGAAAUCCUCCAAACGCCACAGUGAAGCUGCUGACGAAGAGCGUAAUGAUACUGAAUCCAGCCAAUCAGAGCCGGUCCAGGACUGUGCUGAAAAAAAGAAGAAAGCUGCAGUUACUUUUGAGGAAGCAGAAGUUACAGAGAAGAAAUCAACAGUAAAGCAGAAAAGGAAAAAGUGUAAAAAGGACAAAACAUCUGUAGAUGACAAUAUUAACGAGGAAGGACUUCCUUCAAAGAAGAAAAGGAAGUCGUCCAAAGAGUAGAAUUUAAAAAGUCAAAUGCUUUGGACAUCGAUAAGCUGUUUGUUCUUAGCUGAAAGUUAGCAUUACCGUGAAUCAGCCCUGGUGAGUUAUGUGCCAAACAUUGACUUUAUGGAGGCUGUGCUGUCUGGUUUGAAGGGGCGGUAAAUUAAUUUAGAUGUUUUCCACUGAUUGGAGAGUAUCUUUAUUUAUUUAUUUAUUAAUUCAGACCAGUAGCCAAACAAUCCGACAGUCGUGCCACUUCUGCCUGUUAAACAACCUUAAGUGAAUACUGUCAAAUAGAUGUUGCAAUCAAUCUUGUCUGAGCUGUUGAAUAUUAUGAAUGUCAGAUUUUCAAGUGACUAAAGAAAUCAGUUUAGUUAUUUUUUUGUGAUGCAGAACUUUAAGAUUGUGGAUUGUACUGUAUACAACAGGAAAUGUGUUCGGCUGAAUCAGUCGGUGUAUUUGAUUGAUCAUUGAUUUGACGAGUCUCCAUUCUCAGCUAAUCCACAAGGUGCAACCCAAACCCAGCUUUUCCAAACACGAAUAUGAAAUUCAGUGUUGUUUCUGCAUCAUGAAUAACUAUUCUUGAAAGUGUUUGACAAGGGUCAUUAUUUUAUUCAAAGGAGGCAAAACAUGGAAGAGCACAUGAGAUUCUGAACUUUAUAUACAAAUUAAAUGACGUGACACAUCAAA